GUCAGACCAUUUGACAGUACCAGUAACAGAGUAUAGUCGAAAACCCUCGCGAAAACUCUCGAUUCUCAUCUUUUUGAUCUUGAGUACCACAUGAUUCAAAAUGUCAGGUGUUACAGGAAAUGCACAGAAACUGAAUGUCACCUUGGUUGCUAGUAAUGUGGGCUGGGACAAAGCUGUGAAUGGCCAGUUACUUCUUGAGCUUGCCAGCAACCCAAAAGUGAAGGUUACUGGAUUUGUACCUCAAAACACUCAGCAGCAGAGAGAUGCAGCUCAGAAGUUAGGCAUUGAGCUUGUUGAUGCAAAAGAUAUCUCAGGGCAUUCAUCAGCAGACUUGCUGGCUUAUCCACCUGAUGGUCUCAAUAUUGAUGUCUUGAUGAUGCAGUCUUAUGGACAUGAAGUGGGUCGACAAGCACAGAUUAUUAAGGAGACCAAGAAUUGCAAGUGGCUUCAUGUUCUGCACACUGUGAGUGAGGAACUUGUGCCAUUUGCACCUGAGCAUACAUCUGAGCAUGAGUUGCAGCUUGCAUUGUGCAAACAAGCUGAUAUUGUGGUUGCAAUUGGACCCAAAGUGGCAGAAGCUUACAGAUCAGCUUUCCAACUUGGUGGAAUACAGAAAGAGGUCAUUGACCUGACACCAGGAAUUUUCCUCAACCUUGUUGGUGUACGACCCCCUCAAGAUGACAGUGAAGUGUUCCGUGUGUUGAUCAGUGGUUCAUCCAAAUAUUUCAAGAUCAAAGGCUGCGACAUUGCUGCUAAAGCAAUCAAACUAACCGGUACACCAUCCAUCCACCUUAUGUUUGUUGUGAAGCCUAGUGAGAAUGUAACAGAGAUGACCCAAGCUUUGCUCCAGGAGGGCAUUAAUCCUGACCAACUCACUGUCAAAGUUGCAAAAAGCAGUGAGGAUUGGAACAAUCUUCUCCGUGAAGCAGACCUUGUCAUAAAACCAUCCAGAACAGAAGGUUUUGGAAUAAGUGGUGUCCGAGCCAUUUCUGCUGACCUUCCUGUCCUAGUCAGCGGAAAUAUUGGCCUUGGUGCAGCUCUGAAGAAGUUACCCUCAGGAGCAAACCAUGUUGUGGAGUCCAAUGAUCCCCAGGUCUGGGCUGACAAGAUCAAAGAAGUUAAAGCAAAGGAUGCAAAAGGGCGCAAUGCAGAGGCAGAGUCUUUAAGAAAAGAGUACACUGGGCAAUUCAACUGGAAAGAUCAGUGUGAAAACCUUGUUGAAAAAAUGCUCACCAUGAUUUAGUCACAUCCUCCUCAGACUCAAAGUUUACCACUACGUAUUAGAAAAAGGGAGUAGAGUUUGCUGGAAGUUAGGUAGUUUGAGACUCAGUAUUUUGCCCAAUUUGAUUAUAGAUACCAUACAAUUUAAAUCUCUGUGUUGACUGACAAUGUAGCUCAUAGGUCUAACAUUCUGAAAUUAUGUUGUGAACUAAAGCCAUGAUAGGGCUUUUUCAAAAUAUUAUUACCAUUUUUACUGUUCAUUAUUGAAGACAAAACUUAAUAGCUGCAUGUUGGUCUAGCUCAAAACAACUUGCAUAGCAUAAUGCAUUUGAUCACUACACAUCAGUACAUUGCCAAGCUUAAAGCAAAGAAAAAAGGUUUCUCUGGAAGUUUUUGUUAAUGUUCAUAGUUACUUUUCUGACCAAGCGAGCUUGCUCAGCAAGUUAUCAAGUAUUGGUUUAGCUUAGGAUAUGAACUCAGUCCAAAUGACAAGAGAUUUGAUCAGUUCAAGGUGUCAUGAAUAAAUAAAUGUAACUUCAAACAA